CGGGCGACCAUGGAGGGCCGCUCGGUGCGGGAUGUGCCUCCUACGGACGCGGGCGUGGGGAUCCCGCCGGGCCUGCAGACGGACUGCGAGACGCUGCUCAGCCGCUUCCAGGAGACCGACAGCGUCCGCUUCGAGGACUUCGCGGCCAUCUGGAAGAGCAUGAAGUUCGGGACCAUCUUCUGUGGCAAAAUGAGAAAUUUAAAAAAGAACAUAUUUACGAAGGAAGCAUUGGCUUUGGCAUGGCGCUAUUUCUUACCUCCCUACACUUUUCAGAUCAGAGUUGGUGCCUUGUAUCUGCUAUAUGGACUGUACGGUACUCAGCCAUGCCAACCAAAGCAAAAGAUCCGAGUUGCUCUGAAGGACUGGGAUGAAGUUAUGAAGUUUCAGCAGGACUUGCUCAAUGCACAGCACUUUGACGCUGCCUAUGUGUUCAGGAAGCUACGCCUAGACAAAGCAUUCCACUUUACUGCAAUGCCUAAGUUGCUUUCAUGUAGGAUGAAGAAAAAAAUCCAACAAACUGAAAUUACUCAAGAAUUUAAGGACCCAAAUGAUCGUGUAAUGAAGCUUAUCACUUCUGAUGUGCUAGAGGAAAUGCUGAACGUUCAUGAUCAUUACCAGAACAUGAAGCAGGCCAUCUCAGCCGACAAGUCCAAGCCAGACAAAGCCCUCAGCCUGAUAAAGGAUGAUUUUUUUGACACCAUUAAGAACAUAGUUUUGGAGCAUCAGGAGUGGCACAGAGAUAGGAAGAACCCAUCCGUAAAAUCAAAAAACAAAGAUGGAGAAGAAAAGAGUGAAGGAAAUCCCCAAGAAUCCGAGAGAUGUGAAAGGGCUGAAUCUUUAGCAAAAAUAAAAGCAAAAGCCUUUUCAGUUGUUGUUCAGGCAUCCAGGUCAAGAAGGCAUCGGCAAGUCAAGCUGGACUCUUCUGAUUCCGACUCUGCACCUGGGCAAGGGCCAGUCACAGCAACUAAGAGAAAAAGGAUCAAAGAAACAGAAACAGAAGCAGAAAAACCAGCAAGAAGGAAGGUGUCCUCCAGAAACAAAGGUAAUGUUCAGAAUGUACCUAAGGAAGAAACCUCCUUACAUCUGAGUAUGCCAAUCAUUACAGAAGAGGAAGAAGUGGACAGUGUUAGUGAAGCAGAGUUCACCGCACGCAAGAGGAAAAGAAGAAACUGAACAAGAGCCUGAUGAAGAGUUCAGAUUUGCGUGCUGACAGAAGAACAAAAGGGUUAGCUUGUGUUCUAAACAGGAGUAUGCCAGUGUUAAAAAUGAUUCUUCUGAGAAGCUAGAAUCUUUCAUUUGAACUAGGAAUGCCUUAAUACUGAUGAACAUUUAGAAUAGGAAUUUAUUCCACAAUUUAAGUUUGUUGUGAAAUCUGCAUAAGUGAAGAUACAGUUUGCAUUUAGAAUGUAAUAGAAACAGUUCUAUAAUUUGUGUGUUAUUACUAUUUCCUAUAUUUAUAUGUAUGUAUAUAUGUAUAUAUUGAAUUUUAGAAUUUGUAAAUGAUUUAUAUUUACUAUUUUGUGUAUUACAACAUUGAAUGCAAUAGAAUUUUUGCCUUAUUUGGUUUAUUUUAUUUUUUAUCAGAGAAAGAGACAAAGGGAAGGGGGAGAGAUUUGGCGUGCC